CCGCCGCCGCUGCUGCCGCCGCCGCCGCCGCCGCGGGAGCCAGAGCUGCCUGGCGGAGCAGCCUCCGCGCCAGACUGGAGCGGGAGGCGGCGGAGCGCAGUUGCUGGGAAUUUUUCAGCCGAGAGGGCGAGCGAUCCAGCGCGAGACCCCGCGAGCCCAGGAGCGGUAGGGAGCGCGAGCGCCCCAGCGAGCGGAGCAAACCUCGAAAUAAUCUAGAAAGCCAGGUUCCCGGAGGAAAUGGGACUGUGAACCAACCGGGGAGCAAGAAGGGAAGGAAACGCCGGGAUUGCUGAUGUCAGAGGAGCCCGGAAAGUCGCGCUGGAAAAAUCUGAAGACAGCCGGGGAUCUGCUUCUUCCCCAGGAGAGACACCGCCAGCCACCCCCACACGCCCCCUCGGCGCCUCUGGGUGCCUCACGCGAACCGGCUAUAGCGCCCGGCGGGGCUGCUGCGGGGCGACGGAGGACAGAGGGGCGCGCGGACCGGAGACCGAGGGGCCACUUCAGGAAUACAGAUAAGUGGCUGGUGGCUUGACGUGGAUUUUAAUGAAUUUGGACUCCUGGUGGAUUUGGCCGUCUCUGUGAUUCCGAGCUGCGGGCAGGGAGAGGGGCACGCGCCGCCCUCGGCAGCCGGCGGCCCAGGCGGACCAAGCAGGGACGGAAGGACAGACCGACGUCGCUGAGCUGGAACCAUGUGAGGACCAAGCCAGGAAAGUGGAGUAGAAGAACACGGAGGAGUGGACUCCUCCACUCUGCCCCUCUCAGGAUGGAACAGAGGAGGCCCUGGCCAUGGGCCUCACAGAUUGAUAGCCGGUCUGUGGUCCUACUCUCAGUGGUUUGGGUGCUGCUGGCCCCCCCAGCAGCCGGCAUGCCUCAGUUCAGCACCUUCCACUCGGAGAACCGAGACUGGACCUUCAAUCACUUGACUGUGCACCGCGGGACAGGGGCGGUGUAUGUGGGGGCCAUCAACCGGGUCUACAAGCUAACGGGCAACCUGACCAUCCAGGUGGCUCACAAGACAGGGCCGGAGGAGGACAACAAGUCUUGCUACCCGCCCCUGAUUGUGCAGCCCUGCAGCGAGGUGCUCACCCUUACCAACAACGUCAACAAGCUGCUCAUCAUCGACUACUCCGAGAACCGCCUGCUGGCCUGUGGCAGCCUCUACCAGGGCGUCUGCAAGCUGCUGCGUCUCGAUGACCUCUUCAUCUUGGUGGAGCCAUCCCACAAGAAGGAGCACUACUUGUCCAGCGUCAACAAGACCGGCACCAUGUACGGAGUGAUCGUGCGCUCCGAGGGGGAGGACGGCAAGCUCUUCAUCGGCACGGCGGUGGACGGCAAGCAGGAUUACUUCCCCACGCUGUCCAGCCGGAAGCUGCCCCGCGACCCUGAGUCCUCGGCCAUGCUGGACUAUGAGCUCCACAGCGAUUUUGUCUCCUCCCUCAUUAAGAUCCCCUCGGACACCUUGGCCCUGGUCUCCCACUUUGACAUCUUCUACAUCUAUGGCUUCGCCAGUGGGGGCUUCGUCUACUUUCUCACUGUCCAGCCCGAGACCCCCGAGGGUGUGGCCAUCAAUUCCGCCGGGGACCUCUUCUACACUUCCCGUAUCGUGCGUCUUUGCAAGGAUGACCCCAAGUUCCACUCCUACGUGUCUCUGCCAUUCGGCUGCACACGUGCAGGGGUGGAAUACCGCCUCCUGCAGGCUGCUUACCUCGCCAAGCCCGGGGAUGCGCUAGCCCAGGCCUUCAACAUCAGCAGCCAGGAUGAUGUGCUCUUCGCCAUCUUCUCCAAAGGGCAGAAGCAGUAUCACCAUCCACCCGAUGACUCCGCCCUCUGUGCCUUCCCCAUCCGGGCCAUCAACUUGCAGAUCAAGGAGCGCCUGCAGUCCUGCUACCAGGGCGAGGGCAAUUUGGAGCUCAACUGGCUGCUGGGGAAAGAUGUGCAGUGCACCAAAGCGCCGGUCCCCAUCGAUGACAACUUCUGUGGACUGGACAUCAAUCAGCCCCUCGGAGGCUCCACUCCAGUGGAGGGGCUGACCCUCUACACCACCAGUCGGGACCGUAUGACCUCCGUGGCCUCCUACGUUUACAAUGGCUACAGUGUGGUCUUUGUGGGCACCAAGAGUGGCAAACUGAAGAAGAUUCGAGCUGAUGGUCCCCCCCAUGGUGGGGUCCAGUAUGAGAUGGUCUCUGUGCUCAAAGAUGGGAGCCCCAUCCUUCGGGACAUGGCCUUCUCCAUUGAUCAGCGCUACCUAUAUGUCAUGUCUGAGAGACAGGUCACCAGGGUCCCUGUGGAGUCAUGUGAACAGUACACAACUUGUGGGGAGUGCCUGAGCUCCGGGGACCCUCACUGUGGCUGGUGCACUCUGCACAACAUGUGCUCCCGCAGGGACAAGUGCCAGCGGGCCUGGGAACCAAAUCGAUUUGCUGCCAGCAUCAGCCAGUGCAUGAGCCUCGCAGUACAUCCGAGCAGCAUCUCCGUGUCUGAGCACAGCCGGCUGCUCAGCCUCGUUGUGAGUGAUGCUCCUGAUCUCUCCACUGGUAUCGCCUGUGCCUUUGGGAACCUGACGGAGGUAGAGGGGCAGGUGUCCGGGAGCCAGGUCAUCUGUGUCUCCCCUGGGCCCAAAGAUGUCCCUGUCAUCCCUGUGGAUCAAGACUGGUUUGGGCUGGAGCUACAGCUGAGGUCCAAGGAGACGGGGAAGAUAUUUGUCAGCACCGAGUUCAAGUUUUACAACUGCAGCGCCCACCAACUGUGCCUGUCCUGUGUCAACAGCGCCUUCCGCUGCCAUUGGUGCAAGUACCGGAACCUCUGCACUCAUGACCCCACGACCUGCUCCUUCCAAGAGGGCCGGAUCAACAUUUCAGAGGACUGUCCCCAGCUGGUGCCCACAGAGGAGAUUCUGAUUCCGGUCGGAGAGGUGAAACCGAUCACCCUUAAGGCUCGAAACUUGCCCCAGCCUCAGUCGGGCCAGCGAGGCUACGAAUGUGUUCUCAACAUCCAGGGGGCCAUCCACCGGGUCCCUGCCCUGCGAUUCAACAGCUCCAGUGUCCAGUGUCAGAAUAGUUCGUACCAGUAUGAUGGGAUGGACAUCAGCAACCUGGCCGUGGACUUCGCCGUCGUGUGGAAUGGCAAUUUCAUCAUUGACAACCCUCAGGACUUGAAAGUGCAUCUCUACAAGUGUGCAGCCCAGCGGGAGAGCUGUGGGCUCUGCCUCAAGGCUGACCGCAAGUUCGAGUGUGGCUGGUGCAGCGGCGAGCGCAGAUGCACCCUCCACCAGCACUGUACCAGCCCCUCCAGUCCCUGGCUGGACUGGUCCAGCCACAAUGUCAAGUGCUCCAACCCCCAAAUCACCGAGAUUUUGACAGUAUCAGGACCACCCGAAGGAGGAACUCGAGUGACCAUCCAUGGCGUGAACUUGGGCCUGGACUUCUCCGAGAUCGCUCACCAUGUGCAGGUGGCUGGUGUGCCCUGCACACCCCUCCCAGGGGAAUACAUCAUCGCUGAGCAGAUCGUCUGUGAGAUGGGCCAUGCCCUCGUGGGAACCGCCUCUGGGCCAGUGCGCCUGUGCAUUGGCGAGUGCAAGCCAGAGUUCAUGACCAAGUCUCAUCAACAGUACACCUUUGUGAACCCUUCCGUGCUGUCACUCAACCCCAUCCGAGGGCCAGAGUCUGGAGGCACCAUGGUGACCAUCACAGGCCAUUACCUUGGUGCUGGGAGCCGCGUGGCCGUAUACCUGGGCAACCAGACCUGCGAGUUCUACGGGAGGUCCAUGAAUGAGAUCGUGUGUGUCUCACCCCCAUCAGCCAAUGGACUGGGCCCGGUCCCGGUUUCCGUGAGUGUUGACAGGGCCCGUGUGGAUAACAGCCUGCAGUUUGAGUACAUAGAUGACCCUCGCGUCCAGCGCAUUGAGCCAGAGUGGAGCAUUGCCAGCGGCCACACACCCCUGACCAUCACAGGCUUCAACCUCGAUGUCAUUCAGGAACCAAGGAUCCGGGUCAAGUUUAAUGGCAAAGAAUCUGUCAAUGUGUGUAAAGUUGUGAACACGACCACCCUGACCUGCCUGGCACCCUCCCUGACCACGGACUACCGGCCAGGCUUGGACACUGUGGAGCGGCCAGAUGAGUUCGGAUUCGUCUUUAACAACGUCCAGUCCUUGCUGAUUUACAACGACACCAAGUUCAUCUACUACCCCAACCCCACCUUUGAACUGCUCAGCCCCACAGGAGUCUUGGAUCAAAAGCCAGGAUCGCCCAUCAUCCUGAAGGGCAAAAACCUCUGUCCCCCCGCCUCUGGAGGAGCGAAACUCAACUACACAGUGCUGAUUGGAGAGACCCCUUGCGCUGUCACCGUGUCUGAAACACAGCUCCUCUGCGAACCCCCCAACCUCACAGGGCAGCACAAAGUCAUGGUUCACGUGGGCGGGAUGGUGUUCUCGCCUGGCUCGGUGAGUGUCAUCUCAGACAGCUUGCUGACCCUGCCAGCCAUCGUCAGCAUCGCGGCCGGCGGCAGCCUCCUGCUCAUCAUCGUCAUCAUUGUCCUCAUUGCCUACAAACGCAAGUCUCGAGAAAAUGACCUCACGCUCAAGCGGCUCCAAAUGCAGAUGGACAACCUGGAGUCUCGCGUGGCCCUGGAGUGUAAGGAAGCUUUUGCUGAGCUCCAGACAGACAUCAAUGAGCUCACCAGCGACCUGGACCGCUCAGGAAUCCCCUACCUGGACUAUCGUACCUAUGCCAUGAGGGUCCUGUUCCCGGGCAUUGAGGACCACCCUGUCCUGCGGGAACUGGAGGUGCCGGGGAAUGGACAGCAGCACGUGGAGAAGGCCCUGAAGCUCUUCGCCCAGCUCAUCAACAACAAGGUGUUCCUGUUGACCUUUAUCCGCACCCUGGAGCUGCAGCGCAGCUUCUCCAUGCGUGACCGGGGCAACGUGGCUUCCCUCAUCAUGACUGGCCUGCAGGGUCGCCUGGAGUAUGCCACUGACGUCCUCAAGCAGCUGCUGUCUGACCUCAUUGACAAGAACCUGGAGAACAAGAACCACCCCAAGCUGCUUCUCCGGAGGACGGAGUCUGUGGCUGAGAAGAUGCUGACCAAUUGGUUUGCCUUCCUCCUGCAUAAGUUCCUGAAGGAGUGCGCAGGGGAACCGCUCUUCAUGCUGUACUGCGCCAUCAAACAGCAGAUGGAGAAGGGCCCCAUCGAUGCCAUCACAGGAGAGGCCCGCUACUCCCUGAGCGAGGACAAGCUCAUUCGACAGCAGAUCGAAUACAAGACCCUGAUCCUGAACUGUGUCAACCCCGACAAUGAGAACAGUCCUGAGAUCCCAGUGAAGGUGCUGAACUGUGACACCAUCACACAAGUCAAGGAGAAGAUCCUCGACGCCGUAUAUAAGAAUGUGCCCUACUCCCAGCGGCCCAGGGCCGUGGACAUGGACUUGGAGUGGCGCCAAGGCCGGAUCGCCCGAGUCGUGCUGCAGGACGAGGACAUCACUACCAAGAUUGAGGGCGACUGGAAGCGGCUCAACACCCUGAUGCAUUACCAGGUAUCAGACAGGUCGGUGGUAGCUCUGGUCCCCAAACAGACCUCCUCCUACAACAUCCCUGCCUCUGCCAGCAUCUCCAGGACGUCCAUCAGCAGAUACGACUCCUCCUUCAGGUACACAGGCAGUCCCGACAGCCUGCGGUCCAGAGCCCCCAUGAUCACCCCAGACCUGGAGAGCGGGGUCAAGGUGUGGCAUCUGGUGAAGAACCAUGACCACGGUGACCAGAAGGAGGGUGACCGGGGCAGCAAGAUGGUGUCUGAGAUCUACCUGACUCGGCUACUGGCCACCAAGGGCACCCUCCAGAAGUUUGUGGACGACUUGUUUGAGACCUUGUUCAGCACUGUGCACCGGGGCAGCGCACUCCCCCUGGCCAUCAAAUACAUGUUUGAUUUCCUGGAUGAGCAGGCAGACAGACACAGCAUCCACGACACAGAUGUGCGACACACCUGGAAGAGCAACUGCCUCCCUCUGCGCUUCUGGGUGAACGUCAUCAAGAACCCCCAGUUUGUAUUUGACAUCCACAAGGGCAGCAUCACGGACGCCUGCCUCUCUGUGGUGGCCCAGACCUUCAUGGACUCCUGCUCCACGUCAGAGCACCGGCUGGGCAAGGACUCCCCCUCCAACAAGCUGCUCUAUGCCAAGGACAUCCCCAGCUACAAGAGCUGGGUGGAGAGAUACUAUGCAGACAUUGCCAAGCUCCCCGCCAUCAGCGACCAGGACAUGAACGCCUACCUCGCGGAGCAGUCACGCCUGCACGCCGUGGAGUUCAACAUGCUGAGCGCCCUCAAUGAGAUCUACUCUUAUGUCAGCAAGUAUAGUGAGGAGCUCAUUGGGGCGCUAGAGCAGGACGAGCAGGCCCGGCGGCAGCGGCUGGCUUACAAGGUGGAGCAGCUCAUUAGUGCCAUGUCCAUUGAGAGCUGAGAGGAGGGGACCGAAUUCCUGGGAAGAUGGACCCACACAAGCUGUCACGCUGGAGUCUCAGAAGGAAGGACAGUAAAGGGGAUCAGGCCCAAGAGCUGGCAGCCCCUGAGAUCCCACCCCGGGAAGAGGGGAGGGCCCCUCUCCUGAUGCCAGCAGGUUUCCUCACAGCCAGUUCCUGCCAGGAAAGACCGAGGGCACCAUUCAUCCACAGCCAGAACAAGACACGAGGGCCGGCCAGGAGAAGGUGGCUCUUCAAGCUGGAGCGGGGACAGUCCUGCCUCCAUAACUGCUGCUUUGCAUGAAAACUCACUUGAUGUAUAUUGGGGAAAUAAUGAGAACUUUAUUUAAUUUUUUUUAAGAAAAAACGGAAAAAAAAAAAAAAAAACAGAAAUAAAACAAAACAAAAAGCUGCCCUGUUCAUCCCGUCCAACUUUUGUUUAAUUCUGAUUUCUGCCCCUGUCUGUCCCCUCGUCUCUCUCCUUCUUCAUGUAACUCCUCUUUCUGAAUGUCAGGAGAAGCCUGCAAAGAGAUGCUGAGAGAAACUGAGCGGGAAAAUGGUCUCCUUUCCUGUGAUGAAAACACAAAAAAAUAAAAAAUAGAAAGAGGAAGAGGAGAAUGAAUGAGCACAAGUUCAAACCAAACACUUCGCAAACGGAGAGGCCAGAACAACCGGUAGUCCUCCCGGAGGCCAGAAGAGCAUGGGGACCGCAGAACUUUGCACAGAACUGCAAAGCCAUCCCGUGGCUGCGCCUGGCUGGCAGGAAGCUGAGCUUUACCUACCACACACCUGCGGAUUCUCAUCUCUUGAGAGGAGGGCGGUAUCUGUAUCGUACCAAUGCUUUUUGCUACUGUUUUUGGUUUAUUUAAUCCUAACCCUCAACAAAUAAGGAUCUGGCCUUGGGUUCUUUUCCUUUUGGUUUUCCUAAAGUUAAUAUGGGAAGUGGGAAAGGUCGGCUUCUCCCAGACCAGACACCUGGCCUCCCUGAGGAUGCUGAGCGGCUCUGCCCUACAUCAGUCCCUGCAACAACCCAGGCACCCUGGGGAACGGAUGGCUUGGAGGGUGUGCAGAGCAGGCCUCCAGAUGGUACCCUUUGGGAAUUGAAUUGAGGACACAGGUGUUUGGCACUGGAUUCCAUCCCAAUCAUCUGGUGGUUUCUGGCAAUUAAACAGAAAGCAAAAAUCAAACACUGUUUACAGCAAGCAAUACUUGAAGAGCAUAGGUUUAAGAAGCUUCGGUAUUUAUUGUUACACUUUCUUUCAUUCUCUCGUGCCUGGAGAGGGGAGACAACCCUUCGGUCAUAUGCGGACAUAUUCGGAAGCUCCUGGCCACGUGGGCUUACCACACCUGCUUCAAUAGAAAUGACUGCAACAUCCCCACGUUGCUGUCUUCUGCCUCUCAUGGACAUGUGUGUUGGAAGGACAAGCAGAUGGUUUCUCCAUGGGCUCCAUUCCUAUUCUCUCUCCUGUGGACACCUAAAACCAUGGACAGCCAGAUAUUCUGAGUGCAAUUUUCCAACAGAGACUAAAGCUUCAUGCUUAGGUCCAGAGCCACCCAAAAAAACUAGUGGAAAUUACCCAGAGGAAGACAGCUCUGUGGUAACAGGACAUUGGUGACUGGAGUAGCCAUCAAGAAGCCCAGGCCUCCCACCUUGGCAUAGAUCCAACUUCUCUGCAGGCAACCUUGCAAGAGAAAGGCCCAGGAUGGAGAGGAAGAGGCAGGAGAGCAACACUCUCCCCUUCCUACCUUUUGCUCUUCAAGGGGUCAGGAAUCCCAGAUUGCAAUGUUGGGAAACUGGACCAGCUGCCCCAAGAGAGAUAGACCAGAGUCAUUUCCUCUGUCAUUAACUCUGGGCCCCAGCUUCUCUGUGCCCUGCUAUACCUCCAGGCAAUUCCAGUUUCCAAAGGCUCUGCUGACCACAUGUGAUUCCCAGGAAAGGGCUGGGGGAAGAGAGCUCAGAGAGCUGGCUUCCAUCCUGGGUGUGUGGCUUUGGAUCGCUGUCUAAGCACACAGCGGACAUCGCCUGGUCUCUUCAGCUCCAGUUUCUUGCCUGAAUGCAGCUGACAAAUGGGAAGAGAAAAGCAUUCAGCAAAACACUCAGGAAACUUGCUGUUUUCAUUAUAAUUCACAACCAGCCAUGCCAAGGCCACUUUCUUCUGAUAAUCUACUUCUGUUAAAAUUUCUUGGGGCCCUAUUAAUAGCCUGAAAGAAAUACUAAUGACUGCCCUUCCACGCUAAGCCAAAGUGUUUGCUCUUCACAGCACCCAAAGCUUAUCAGCUCAGAGCCCAUAAUUUAUGGAAAUGGAAGGAGAAGAGAUAUGGGCAAGAAGAAUGUGAGCAGGAGACAUUGUACAGCCCAUGAAAAAUUCCAUCCCACCCUGAUUUCACUGCUGAGCUCCGUUUGAAUGGUUUCCUGAUGGCACUACUAUUCAAGCUAGCAACUAGGUCUUUGUUACCCCCAAGAAGUAAAAGAAAGUCAGAUUUCUCGUUGAACAGUAUCUUACCCAACCCUCACUUCUGUGCAUCUACCUGGUGUCUCCCAGCAGCCACUCUGGGCAACCACUCACUGCACCUGGGAUGCAUCCUUGAAGGUGUGUGGAGAGUGUGGAGAAUUGGUGGGGGGGGUACCUGGCUGGAGAGGGGUGAAGAAAGAAGCCAGGGCCAGCUGUGAGUGGCCUGGCCACAAUUCUCAGGAUUCCAUGAGAGGAUUGGGGAAUUUGAGCUUGCAAAGGAAAUGGCAGAGAAAUGUCCUUAAGGAGACAAUUAAGAAAAAGGAAAACUCAGUUGGACACAGGCCAACCACGAGGGCAAAUUGUUGUGGAACUUUGACUCAGUUCUAGCUUCUCACUAACACCUCCUCCACCAACUCCUUGCUUUAAACCACCAAGAACCUAUGGAGUCCACACCCUUGAACUGGGGAGGAGAGGGAGUUGGGUGACCUCUCUUCUUGCUAUUAUCCAAUUUUUGUCUCGUGAAAAAAGUAUUAAAGCCACAGCUCCUCCCUAUUAGAAGCCAUCCAUUUUGGGCGAAGACAGGAAGUCUCUCUCUUUAGUCUAUCCAACUCUGCUUUGUUUCAUUGAUCUGCCCAAGACAAUUCUCUGGAAAAGGAACAGGACUCCAGAAAGGUUUGGCUAGACAGAGGAUGCCAAUGGAUAAGAUGGGGACCAGAUCCCUCCGGCUGGACCCUAUUGCCACCUCCCACCCGCUGCAUGGGUCAGGUGCUUCUGUGUUGGCUGUCCUACCUCUUUGCAUAGCACGUCUCUCAAAACCAUUUCUGAUCCGCCUCUCCUUACACAGAUCAGUCAUUUAAAGCAUGAAUGAGCUGUGAACCUCACUGGAGGGAGGUAACCAUUCCUGCAUCCAUUCGUUUGAGGAAUCUUGAGCAGCAUCUAUCUGCCAGGCACUGCUCUAGGUGAUGGAAAGCAGCCAUGAGCAAGACCAAGAAGGUCCUUCUAGCAAAUGUAUAUUCUUUGGGCUGCCUGUUCCUGCCACCAAGAAGCAGGCACAGGUCUCCCCCGACUAGCAGAGGGCGCCAUUUGCAUACAAAAGGGGAUGCAGUGAGGGAAGAAAGCGACCCACCCAGCUGCCUUACCUUAGCCUGGGGACGUUCCCCCAGCACUGAGAGCUGCUCUCUUUUCUACUGCCACUGGCUCUUCUAGUGGCACCUCCCCUGCUGCUUGAGCUCCUGACCUUCCCUCAAUUCCACCAAAUGAGGACAAGAAAUAGCAAUCAAGGCCUCUGGACCUGCUGAGCACAAAGCAGAAGCAAUGGGGGGCAGGGGUGUGCAAAGACUAUAAAAUGGCAUGGACCGAACAAGCAAAGAAUGUUGGCCAGCCCCUGGCUGAUCAAUCUUCAGGAGUAUCCCAGUCGUCACACACCUGUCCCUAUUACCUGCUGCCUGGAAACACUGAGCCCACCCACACCUCCUGAGGCCCUUUUGUUUUUCCUAGCCACGCUGUGUCAUGGUUGGACUCCUGGGACCUGGACACAAGGAAGAAUUGAGAUGCAGAGGGCUCUGUGGGUGAGAACAUGUAAAGUGGCCUCAUGGUCACAGGGCUGUGGGAGCCGAUCCCAGGGGGUCAGGGGACUUGGGAGGUGAAGUUCAAGGCCUUCUAAUGCCCCAUCUCAGGAAUGUGCUUGGUGAGAGAGAACAGUGGCAUUCUUUUCAUAACUCCACAGUCUCUUUUCCCCAUCUUUAUCUUUCUCCUGGUUUCCCCAGAGUGAAGUUUUAGCAUCUGGGGCUCAGAGAUGGAUGCCCGGAAAUGAAGGAUGAAGUUUCACUCUUGGUACAUUCAAACUAGUCCUAGGGAAUGUCCUGAGAGGCCAUCAAGACCUCUGCUGGUAAGACAGGGCCUCUGCCCAGUAAGCAAACUGGAGAUUCCUUGGCCAUUAUGGCCACCACAUCUCGCUGCUCCCCACAGCAAAGCUCUCUCUCCCCAUGGAGCCAUGUCCUCUGAGCUGCCAUGCAGCCUGCUGCCCACUGCCCCAGCUGAAGGAAGGUGGGACACUUCUUCCAAAGCUCAGUCAAGGUCCUCACUCUGACUUUGUUUGUCCUCCAUAUUGGUAUCACAGGUGGAGAGCAUAAUGGGGCAGGGUCCCCAUCAAACCCAACAGAUGUUCCUGAGCAGACAGGGAAAGAAGUGACAAGCCCUUUACACCGCAGGACUAGGGACCAGAACCCACCUGUCUUUCCGCCCCCUGCUCCUCCAACUCAGACCCACUCCCCUUGACACACUGGAAUCUGUAUUAUAUCUAUUUUUAAGAAAAUACAAUGAUGGUUGUCUGGUUUUGUUGUUUUUACAGGUGUUGUGGAAUAAUAAGAAAAUUAAGUAUUUAAAAUGUUCCAAUAAAAUGGAAUUUUUUUGUUAUUCUAAUAUAUUAUCGUGUACCUAUUGUAAAUAUGAAACACUCCUAUUUUGCAAGCCAAGGACACAAUUUGUACUGUUGUUAUAUAUAAAUAAAGUUUACUGGAUAAAAAAAAAAAACUUAGAUCUUUAAAUAAACAUGGUUGUUUGGCAGCA